AAACAUGUUGACGCACUUCCUGCUUCUCUUAGGUAACCCAACAGGCAAUACAUGGCGGUGUGACUGUUGGCCUCGUGAAAAAAAAACAAUCUUAUAUGCCGUAUUUCUCUGUGUACAUUCAUUCUGUCCAAACGGAACUGCAGCCUAAAGGAGCGAUUUAUGGUGGACUCUUCUUUGGGAGAAAUGGCCGAAGUGUAUGUCCGAGUGGCAGAGGAGGAAAAUGAGGAGCCUAUGGAGAUCCCGUCCGAGGAUGAUGGCACCGUCUUGCUGUCAACGGUCGCUGCUCAGUUCCCCGGAGCGUGCGGCCUGCGCUUCAGGAGCCCCGUGUCUCAGUGCAUGCGGGGAGUACGGCUCGUGGAGGGGGUCCUGCACGCCCCGGAGAACGGAUGGGGGAAUAUCGUCUAUGUCGUCAACUACCCAAAAGCUUCCAGCCUCCAAUCAAGUUCAUCAUUGUGUUUGACAUACUCAGAUAACAAAAGAAAAAUGGAUGAAAUUGACGCCUCCUCAGCUGUGAAAAUGAAACGAGGCGACAUGAAGACGUCAGACCUGAUUGUGCUAGGCCUUCCUUGGAAAACCACAGAGCAGGACCUGAAAGACUACUUCAGCACUUUUGGAGAGGUCAUCAUGGUGCAGGUGAAACGGGACACCAAUACAGGAAACUCCAAAGGGUUUGGCUUUGUGAGGUUCACAGAGUACGAAUCCCAAGAAAAAGUCAUCUCCCAGCGCCACAUGAUUGACGGCAGAUGGUGCGACUGCAAGCUCCCUAACUCGAAGGUGAAUAUGCAAGGUCCAGACGAGCCGCUGAGGAGCCGCAAAGUCUUUGUAGGACGUUGCACAGAGGACAUGACCACUGAUGAACUGAGGCAGUUCUUUAUGCAGUAUGGAGAAGUCACUGAUGUCUUCAUCCCGAAGCCCUUCCGUGCUUUUGCCUUUGUCACUUUUGCAGAUGAUCAGGUCGCUCAGUCUCUGUGUGGUGAGGACCUCAUCAUCAAAGGUGUCAGUGUCCACAUCUCAAACGCCGAGCCCAAACACGGCAACAGGCAGUUUGAUCGCACAGCACGGUUUGGCAACGGUUUCGGCGCUCAGGCUUUCGGGGGCAGCCGUAGCGGGUUAGGGAGCAGCACCAACAGUAACCUGGCCAAUUUCGGCUCGUUCAGCCUGAACCCAGCCAUGAUGGCGGCGGCGCAGGCGGCCCUGCAGAGUAGCUGGGGGAUGAUGGGAAUGCUGGCCAGCCAGCAGCAGUCGUCUACCUCGGGCAGCUCCUCCAGCGGCGCCAGCUCUAAUCGAGACCAGGGCCAGUCUUUCAGCGCAGGCAACAGCAACUACGGCGCCAGCUCGGCCGGCCUGGGUUGGGGGACGGGCUCCAACUCCACAAGCAGCGGGAGUGGGUUUAGCUCAGGGUUUGGGUCCAGUAUGGAGUCAAAGUCGUCUGGGUGGGGUAUGUAAGCUAAGUGUGUACGUGUGGUAAGUAUUGUGAGAAGGAUGAGUCUUUUCAAACGUUUCUUUCUGGUGUAAAAACACUUUUGUGGAAGAUGUUUUGUAGAUUUGGAGGAAAAGCUAAAGAUUUAAUUUAGUGUUGACGUGAGUUGUUUACCAGGAAGUGCUAUUUUUCAUGUCUUGUUUGUAUCCAUUUCAACUGGAUUCUCUAAUGCAUGUAUUGUGUAGCGUGCUGAUGCAUGAAUGUUUAUCCAGCUUUGUCAUCAUUUUUAAGGCAAUCUUGCAUUGGGGAGAAUCUGGUUGAAACUUCAGUGUUUUUAAGUCCAACUUUAUUUGCAGUCAAGUAGAAAGAAAAGCCUUCAUUGAAAUCUCUUCUGCAGUUGACUUCCACCUUCCGUUUCCCUGCGAGGAAGCUCCAAUAUGGCAGCAUUGUCGGGGCCGUAUUGGUAUCACUCUCUUCCCACCUGUAAAUGCUAUGCCAUCAAACAACGGCUUCACUCCGCAUGUUCUCACAGACGGUGGGUGUUUUCACUUUAUAUCCACUCAAGUGACAUUUUUUUAGGAACUGAUGAGUGCGAUUGCGGGUGGCUUGUGGCGAAGCGAUGAGUGAGCGGACUGAGAGGCGCGUGGAGCGGACUGCUUGUGAACGUGAACGAGCCCAAAUUCUGACUGCUUUCUGAGUGUGUGAGUGGAAGCUGCGGAUGCUACGAGCUCCUCCCCCUAACACGGACAUCCUUUAAUUAGUACUUCAAGAUUUUUUUUUUUUUUUUUUUUAAAUCUUUGCAAGAUUCCCCUUUAUUCUUAAUGUGUGGACAAACUACAGAAAUGUAUGGAAUGUUGUGCUCUUUGUAACGCUUGUAUUAUCUGAUUUGAAUGCUGUAUGGUGUGUGCUGUUUCUUGUUCCUGAUCUGUAAGUGUGUACUUGAUGUGGAUGACACCGACUGAAGACUCUAGGAGGGUGGGGGGACACGAGUGCAGGUGUGAGAACGUGGAGUGGUAUGUCCAAUGUCCCCCUCCCCCUGUAGCUCUUGAUGUUUGUGAGGUGUUGGAAAAAUGUCAAAUGAAGGGAGUUGUCGAAUAAAGUUCAUUUGAAUAGAUGCUUAGUUGAUUGAGUCGCUUUGCGGAAUAAAACAUCUAAUUCGAUUCACGUAUCUAGGGACCUUGGGCUCUGCUGGUCGAGGUCUCCAUUUGAUCCCAGGCUGAAGGACGAAGAUGCAGCAUCCAACACAUUGAGUGUGGUGUGACCUUCUCAGAGAGACAUGGUAGUACCUGUCUUUUUCAUGCUUCUCUUAGCUUGUGUUUCCUCUGCUUGUGUGCUUCAGUAAGAGGGGUGUUUGUAUUUUCAUAAAAGGCUUUGAUAAUGUUUGUGUGCUGCUGAUUGGACGACUGCCUGGCAAAUCCUUGGACAGGUCACUGCUGGUGUUUGCUUUUCUAAAAACCUAUUUUAUAUCUUUAGGUCCUCUCUCAGGUCUAAGACAGAUUUAAUGUAUGAGUGUUGCAGGUGCAUAAGACACCCGUUUACCAGAUGAUGUGGACUAAAUGUUGCUUUGUUCAUUUCUUGUUUAUUUAAAAAUGCUGGGGAAGACUCUGAGGACAAGGAAAGACCUGCCUGUUUUUUAUUCUCUGUUCUCCUCAGUGUCUCUGCUCUUCCUCUUCCCGGUAUUCUUCUUUUUCAAAGCCCUCUGCUCUUGUUCCAGUUCUUCACUCUUAUUCUGUAUGUAGACUGACUGAAAUAAAAGGGAAUCAAAACAA